UCAGCUGACAGAUGGAUGGAACUCCAGACCUUGAUAGAAGGUCAUGGGGUCACAGACAACAUCCAGAGAUUUUCUUCACUGCCUCCAUACCUGCCGGUGAGCUUUCAUAUCCUCAGAGCAGAGACCUCAUUCUUCUUAAAAGAAGCCAACCCGGACCCCCUGCGGAAUGCCAGCCUACAUUCCAAGGUGGAAUCCUUCUUCACCCACAAGGCCAAGCAGCCCCCGCUAUUGAAUGCCAGCUAUGGACCUUACUCUGCAGAAAAAGUUGUACCUCUGGACUUGGUGUUGAACCCAAACUUUUUAGGCCCGACCAAUAGGUUUCCUUUUGAUUGGAGGCUGAAGGCCUACAUCCUCCAGAAGAAGGUCUACCUGAGCCAGCCCAAAGUGCAGGUUCUCUUCCACAUCGUGGGCAGAGACUGGGAUGAACAUAGAGUAGCCGAGAGCUUGCCUUGCCUGCGGGUCUUUGCCUUCCGUGAGACUAGGGAGGCGCGGGGCAGCUGCCAGCUGGGUGGGACCCUGGGGCUAUGCGUGGCUAAACUGGAGCUGCCACCCAGCUGGUUCAGUCUCCCAUCAUUGGCAAGUGGGCGGAGGAGGCUCGCAGAACAACCAGAGGGGAGUUCAGUAGAGCUCUACUACACUGUCCAGCCAUGGGAUGAACAAGGGGACUGUGCAGAGGGUGAUAUUAGGAAGGACAAUGCCAUUCGUCCAGGGAAGGAUGGACAGGAGGACAGGACAUCUCACCUACAGAUGAUUGGCAGAGUCACCCUUCACCGCACCCAGGACAGCAUCCAGCUCAAUGAGCUGCGGCUAGAUAACGAUGUGGUCAUCUGGCUGCCCUCAAGGCCUGUCAAGCAAGGGGACAUAGUCACUGCUUAUGUCACUAUCUCCAGCAACUCCACUGUGGACCUUUUCAUCUUGAGAGCCAAGGUGAAGAAAGGUGUGAACAUUCUGAGUGCACAGAGCAGUGAGCCCCAACAGUGGGACGUGCAGCAGGAGAUGGGGAUAGGCGGGAAGCACACCACUACCUCUGUGGCCUGCCAGCGUCUGGGCCCUGGGGCCCACAACAGAAGCAGCAGUCUAGUCAAUGAAGUUGUACAGAUGAACUUUGAAAUCACCAGCUUCAGCAGCCUCUCAGGGACGCAGCCCAUCACAUGGCAAGUGGAGUAUCCGCGGAAGGGGACCACAGACAGUGCUGUGUCUGAGAUCUUCAACAGCCAGGACCUGGUUGCUAUCAUCCCCCUUGCUAUGGACACUGAACUCCUGAACACAGCCGUCCUCACAGGGAAGACAGUGGCCAUGCCUGUCAGAGUCGUGUCAGUGAAGGAGAACAGCACAGUGAGGGACAUCUCAGAGCUGGUGGAAUGCAAGGCCACAGAUGAGAAUGUCAUCAAGGUGUCUGACCAUUGCGACUAUGUUUUUGUCAAUGGCAAAGAAAUAAAGGGCAAGGUGGAUACUGUGGUGAAUUUCACAUACCAGUACCUAAGUGCACCCCUGAAUGUCACUGUGUGGGUGCCACGGCUGCCCCUACAGAUCGAGGUCUCUGACACAGAGCUCAGCCAGAUUAAGGGCUGGCGUGUUCCCAUUGUGACCAGCAAAAGGCCCACACGUGACAGCGAGGAGGAGGAGGAAGAAGAAGAGCAGCGGGGCCGAGGCUGUGCCCUGCAGUUCCAGCAUGCCACUGUUCGUGUCCUCACCCAAUUUGUGUCUGAGGGUGCAGGACCCUGGAGCCAGCUGAACCACCUGCUCAGUCCUGACUGGCAGUUUGACAUCACCCAUCUGGUAGCCAAGUUCAUGAAGCUGGAGGCUCCACAUGUGGCCGCCCUGCAGGACAGCAGGGUCCUGGUUGGACGGGAGGUCGGGAUGACAACCAUUCAGGUGUUGUCCCCACUGUCUGACUCCAUCCUGGCAGAGAAGACAAUAACCGUGCUAGAUGACAAGGUGUCUGUGACGGACUUGGCCAUCCAGCUUGUGGCUGGGCUGUCUGUUAGCCUGCACCCUAUCUCAGGGAACAGCAAGGCCACCAUGGCCACGGCCACAGCGGAGGAGCUGCUGCGUGCCCCCAAGCAGGAAGCCAUGGUCAGCACUUGGCUACAGUUCAGUGAUGGCUCUCUGACCCCCCUGGAUAUCUAUGACACCAAGGACUUCUCCCUGGCUGCCACCUCCUUAGAUGAAGCUGUUGUGUCCAUCCCUCAGGCUCACUCUCCCAGGUGGCUGACUGUAGUGGCUGAAGGGGAAGGCCAGGGCCCACUGCUCCGUGUAGAUGUGACAAUUGCUGAGACCUGCCAGAAAUCCAAACGCAAGAGUGUGCUGGCCAUGGGUGUUGGCCAUGUCAAGGUCAAAUAUGGACAGGAGGAUAUGGACUCCAGCCGAGCCUGGGACCAGGAUGAAGAAGAGAUCAAGAACCAUGCCAGUGACCGCCGGCAGAAGGGCCAGGACCUUGAGCAUCCAGGUGUAGAUGGACACUGGCAUGGUAGCUCUCCUGUCGAUCGUGAAGAAGGGGCCUUGCGGAGAGUCACAACCACAGCCAAGUCUCUGCUGGACAACAAGGUGGUGAAGAGUAGCCGGCUGGAUGGGGCCAGACUGUCAGGUGAGGCUCAGCUACACAAUAUCCCCAUUGACUUCACGAACUUCCCAGCCCCUGUGGACCUCCCUAAGGCAGGAGGUACACUGGAGGAGAAUGGCCUGGUGCAGACAGCUCGUGGCCUCAGCGACCUGGAGAUUGGCAUGUAUGCUCUCCUGGGAGUCUUCUGCCUGGCCAUCCUUGUUUUUCUCAUCAACUGUGCUACCUUCGCCUUUAAGUACAGGCACAAACAGAUGCCCCUGGAAGGCCAGGCAUCCAUGACCCACUCACAUGACUGGGUAUGGCUGGGCAAUGAGGCAGAGCUCCUGGAGAGCAUCGGAGACUUAUCACCACCCCAGGAUGAGCACACAACCAUCAUAGACCGUGGGCCAGGACACUGUGAGGAGAGCAACCACCUGCUUCUCAAUGGUGGCUUACAGAAGCAUGUGCACGGUCAGGUACACAGGCCAGCAGUCUCUGGGGAGUGGCAGGGCAAGGAGCCAAAGCAGGAGUCCAUACACUCACCCACCUCCAAGCAGAAGAAGGUGAAAUUUGCCAGCUUCACAACCAUUUCACCCGAUGACAGCUGCCCCACAGCCAACUCCAUCCUGGGCAGCAAUGAAGAAGACAUCAAGUGGGUUUGCCAAGGUCUAGACGUGGGUGCCUCCCAGGAACUCAGAACCUACCUUGAGAAACUCCAAGAAAAGGCGUAGCACUCUGGACAUAACACCAGCUUGGAUGGCUUCUAUGGGUCUUGUAGCACAGUCCAGUUCUGGAAGUGGACCUAUUGGCAUCAGAGGGAGCACUCAGCAGGAUAAUGAGAAAAGGCUGGGGCUUCUGAAAAGACACUUGGGCAUUUCAAAGCCAGGGAAAAGACAUUUUUGUAUCAAGGAUUUUUUAGCAAUUGAGGACAGUGGAUUUUCACAACUUUGAGUCACUGAUUAUGGGUAGGGGCAUUGGUAAUACAAAGACAAUUAACUGCUCUGGUCAGAGUUGGGAGGGUUAUUUUAUGAGGAAAAUAUAAUGCAGACAUGCUACCAAAACUUAUUUGUUAAAAAAUACAAAAAGACAAAUAAAAGACACAAAUUAUCAUGGUUUUAUAUUUCUAAUAAAGGAACAAAAUAUUAAAGUAGGGCCUGCUAAGAGAUAUGUUCCAUUUUAAUACAGUGUUCAUGUUUCCAAAGACAGCCUGUGACCAUCUACCUGGAGCAGGAGAAGAAGUAAAUCUAAAUGGCAGUCGCCUCUGGGGGGACCUGAAGAAUGCUAAAUUUUGGUUGGACAUCACUUCUCUUCUCCACAUUUCCUUUUUGUGUCUUAACUAGACUUCCAUUUCAUUUACAUUCAAUGUUUAUUUCUGAGGACCAAGUGCUGUGUUUUUUCUAAAUGAAAUGCAAAUUAUAUUGCUAUUCAUUAUUGUUAGAAGAUAUUUUCAGAAACCAGUGUCAUUUAAUCCAUUUUUAUGUUAUAAUUUUAAUGUAUUUUUAUAUCUCCCCUAACUUGAUAUUCACUGGACAUUGUUUCUUACCAUUACAGGAAGUGCUCAGCAUUACAGGAAGUGCUUCCAUGGAGGGCAGUCAUUGUGGGACCCACAGCGCCGUCCGUACCAGCACAGGCUUAGGCCAGUGAGGGAGACGUUGCUCAUGGCUAUUCCAGUAUGAGGUGGCCAAAAGGCAUCCAUGUGGGUAUAGGGAUGUCACUACAUAGAGUUUAUCAGAUUUGAGAGACAUUGCACAAGUCAUCUAAUCUAGCCUUAUGGGACAUAUCUACCACAAAAUAUAACCAUUGCUGGCAAUGAGCAUGCUAAAAAAGUUAAAAGAAAAGAACCUUUUGAAGGGACUAGUCAAGUAGUUGUUUUACUUUAUUGGGCAAAAACUCAAAAGAUAAAAUCUAUGUUAGCUUAUCAAUCAACUAUGGCUUUGAAAGCAAUAGUGCAUUUACUCAGCACAGUAUGUUUGAGGUGAAAACCAAGAUGACCAGAGCCCUGGGCUCUGUUCAUAGCUAGGACAGGGAGGGGACAUUUGGCAGUUCAUUAGCUCUCUCAGUAGGGCAUCACUUAUGAAUAUACCAGAGGAUGGUCACUGUCUUCAUUUUUUUUUUAUUACUGAAAUCAGUAGCUAAUAAAAGGUCCUCAAAGCCUUGUAACUUUGGUUGAACCUUUUGCACAUAUAUUUAUAGCUCUUAUUAUAGAUGGAAAGAAGCUAUUUAUUUAUAUCUGUGAUCGCAGUCGUCAUUAAAGUGCUUCCCAUGACUUGA